GAAUGGAUUUUCAUGCUACAUUUUGAAAAACCCUAGAUUCGCAAAGAACCCUAAUCUUGGAUGGAUGCGCUCAAGGAAGGCAAUCGCUCCGAUUCUUGGCCGAGCUCGUCAGAUUACAGCAGCGAAGACGAGGAAUCCAGGCGGAAGAGGAGGCACAAGGACGAGAAGCGUAAGCACCGGAGAAAAUCAGCAAGGCAUUCUAGCAGCGGCAGUAGCAGCGACAACGAUAGCGAGAGCGAUGGUGGGAGGAAAAACAGGAGGAAAGAUCGAAAGAAGAGAUCAAGGAGGAGACAUCACAGCAGUACCAGCGACGAUGAAAAGGAUGGGAAGAGAGUAAGAGACGAUGAUAGUGAGGAGAAGAAGAAGAAGAGGAGGAAGAGAAGGAGAAGCGAGGAGGAGGGCGAAAGACGAAGGAAAAGGAGCAAGCGCCACGACUAUAGCAGCAGUGACGAUGUGAGCAGCAGUGAGAGCGAAUCCGAGAGAAGAAAGAAGAAGAAGCUACUGAAGGAAGCCAAGAGGAUUCUCAAAGAUCAUAAGGCCUCAGCAAAGUCUGAUGAUCAACGAGCUAAGAAAGUCGAGACGAUCACAAUGGACGAUUACUACGCAAAAAACCCCGAGUUUGCGACAUGGCUGAAAGAGAACCGCGGCCUUUACUUCUCGAGCUUAUCGGCGGAGGAGACCCGGAAGCUCUUCUCAAGUUUUGCAGACGCAUGGAACUCUGGCAAACUCGCUGACAAGUACUACCAAGGUAUCAAAGCAGCGAAAAGAACGAAUCACAAGUGGAAUAUAGGAGACGACAAUCAAGUGGAUGAGGAGGAUGAGAGGCUGCAAAAGAGGAAGAAGGAAAAGGCAGAGCAGAAGAAGUUCGUUAAGGAACACGAGCUUGUAAUGGACGAGCUUUUGCCCAAGGCAACCGGCAAGGACAGGCUCUUGGAGAAGAAAGCCAUCCAAAGAGAGAAGAACAGGAACCGCGAUUUGAGUCCGGAGCCAAUGCGAGAGACGGACUUGAUGGGAGGGGGAGACGAUUUCAAGAUGAUGCUUGCGAGAGAGCGUGCUCGAAGAGAAAAGAGAGCUAAUGUGAAAGUCGAAGCGCUCCAGAAGAAGCUCUCGGUUGUGGAGGAAAGGGAGACGGCGGCGAUGGACCAGUUUCGGGCUCUCAUUAACACGUCGGGUGGAAAGAUCACGAUUCCAAAACGCGGAACUUAAUUCCAUCGAAACGUCAAAAUAUAACAAGUGUGUGAAGAUUGGAUUAUAAUAAUUAUUAUUGUUAUAAGCGCCACGAGGCAUUGUUGUA